UUAAUGGUGUGCGUGCUUUAGCUGUAUGUAUUAAAAGCCAGAAAUUCCGGAUACAGGAAGUAGUACCUGUUUUUGUGGCUACCUUUGAGUCCCUUUUGUUUUUCCCCCUGCGGUAUGAAAACAAAUUGAGGACGCAUGGAUAUGUUGAAACAGCACUCUACAAUUAUCAAAAAAAAUUGAUUGAGGUUAUGUGGUCUGUUUUCUUGGUAGGAGUUUGCUGGGGGAAACGAAAGCUAUUGUUGACUGGGCAUGAGCAUUGGUGGAUCUUGUGUAUCCUUACGCACUGGAACAGGCGCUAAGAACUGCUCAAUGAUUGGCUGCACGGUUAAUACUUAUGCUGCUGUGGUUGGCUGCAGUCUCUAAAAAGAGGAGUUGCCAGAGCAAGAGAUUUGAAGACCAACUGUGCUGCUGCUGCUGCUUCUGGUUGUCGCUACUCUAUCUUACUUGUGAUGUUGGAUAUGGGAGAAAGGAAAGAAGUCAAAAUGAUUCCUAAAUCAUCGUUUAGUAUAAACAGCCUGGUUCCCGAAGCCGUCCAAAGCGACAACCACAACCAACACCACCACCACCAUCAACACCACAGAACGGUGCACGAGGAAGAGGAGAAAACUCCUUUACCUGCCCAAGUGCUGGAGCAGAAGUCGGAGAACACUUGCGCUAAAAGUGAGAAUUCAUCCCACGACUCGUCGUGCACGGACGAGAAGGAGAAACCGGAAGAAAAACGGGACCCCAAAGAAGGCGAAGGAGGCAAAGACGGCGAAAAGAAAAACGGCAAGUACGAGAAACCACCUUUUAGCUACAAUGCUUUGAUUAUGAUGGCCAUUCGGCAGAGUCCCGAGAAACGGUUAACCCUUAACGGCAUUUACGAGUUCAUUAUGAAAAAUUUCCCGUAUUACCGGGAGAACAAACAGGGAUGGCAGAAUUCCAUCAGACACAACUUAAGUCUUAACAAAUGUUUUGUCAAAGUGCCCCGGCAUUACGAUGACCCAGGAAAGGGAAACUACUGGAUGCUUGACCCAUCUAGUGACGACGUGUUCAUUGGCGGAACGACGGGCAAACUUCGGCGGAGAUCGACCACCUCGAGGGCAAAACUGGCGUUUAAACGGGGCGCGCGGCUUACCUCCACCGGACUGACAUUUAUGGAUAGAGCUGGCUCUUUAUAUUGGCCUAUGUCGCCGUUCCUCUCGCUACACCAUCCGAGGGCAAGCAGUGCGUUGAGUUAUAACGGCACAUCGUCGCCUUAUCCUAGUCACCCAAUGUCUUAUAGCACAAUGUUGACUCAAAACAGUUUGGGGAGCAAUCACUCUUUUCCAACCUCCAAUGGUUUGAGUGUUGACAGACUAGUGAAUGGAGACAUCCCUUACGCCACACACCACCUCACUGCGGCCGCUUUGGCCGCCUCAGUGCCAUGUGGGCUUUCCGUACCCUGUUCCGGGACAUACUCUUUGAAUCCUUGUUCGGUGAACCUGCUUGCGGGCCAGACCAGUUAUUUCUUCCCCCACGUCCCUCACCCAUCCAUGACCUCCCAGAGCACCACGUCCAUGAGUUCCCGGGCCGCCUCUUCCUCCUCCCCGCAAACGGCCUCCUCUCUCUCGUGUGACUCCUUAAGGCCUUCCCUACCCAGUUUCUCAUCCGGACUUUCGAGCGGACUUUCUGACUACUUCACACAUCAGAAUCAAGGGUCAACAUCAAAUCCCCUUAUACACUAACUAACAUCCACAGGAUCAGACUGUAAGUGAACAUUUUACACCAAUUUACACUGUAAUAUAUAUCAAUGAAAAAAUUAAGGAGAAAGAAAGGACAUUGCAAGCCGAAUUCCAGGUAUUUUGUAUUAUUGUUAUUAUUAUUAUUAAUAUUAUUAUUAUGCAUUUAUUUCUGUAUACAAACGUCAAGUGUCGCGAAAUGGUUUAUUAUUCCACUGUCAGCAACGUGCAAUGUGACCAGAAUAAAAAAGGCUGAAGCGUAUAGGUUUUUUUCAAAGGCAGUAUGAUUACUUUAGAAUGUUUAUUUAAAUAGUGGUUGCAGUUUUGUCCAAUUUUGAAUGUUAAAAUAUCUAAUACCAUUACAAAAUGACCACCAGUCAUCAUGUUUGCAGUAUUAUCACGUAUCAUGAACGCACUGGUGCAGUGAGAUUUUUUAAAAUUAACACAAAGUUUUAUUUUCAUUUUUUUUUUAAAUAAAUAUGUUCUAUAAGUGCUCAAUGCCCGUUCAGAUCCGUGGCUCCUUGUUAUUUUUUUUAUUGUUUUUAAUGCAGACUGAAUACAUGCAUCUACAAUUCGUUUUAUUACGUAGGCUAUAUUAACAAUACAGUUUCUUUGUAGACCAAAGAAUGGGUAUCAAACAAACAUAGUUUUCAAUAUUCAUAACUUUACAUUCAUGCAGUUUUGAAGGGGACAGAGAUUGUGUUUGCAUAUUUUAAUGUAUGUGGUCACCACCAUGCAGGUCACAUUCUUUUUGUAAUUAGUGAACUGUCAAUACCUGUUGUUAUUAUAGGUUAACUUUGCGAACGUGUAACCCGUGUUGAGUAAAUGCCUCAUAAAAUAUUGAGUGAUUGUUUAUGUCGUCUUUAAAUUCCAUGGUUGUGAUUUUGUGGUCUUAUGCCCGUGUUUGUCGCUUAAACUGUUAACCAAACAAAAUAAAAAAAUUAGGUUAAGGCACAUUUA